GCCAGCCCGGUUCACCGCUUUACUUCUGCUUUAGCCUUCGAUCCAUUGACCACAAAAGUCAAAAACUGAUGCUGAGACGAUCACUGCACAACUCCACCGAGUAUGGAAAGUAUAUCCCACGCGCCGGCAGAGUCAUCAUCAUCUGCUGCCUCUUCAACACAACACAACAUUUGGAUAGAGGCCCAAGAUGAGCUGAAGCAGAAACUAAUUGCACAAGAUGAUUUCCCAUGGAGAUUAGCUACUACUGCACCCACACUUCAUCAGGAGAAGGAGAUUGCGUUGAAGUAUGUGGGUGGGGCUGAUAUAAGCUAUUCAAAACAAGACCCAUCAAUGGCAUGUGGGACUCUUGUAGUCUUGGACAUUCAUACCCUCCAAGUUGUUUAUGAAGAUCACUCUGUUGUCACCCUCAGUGUCCCUUAUGUUCCUGGCUUCCUUGCUUUCAGAGAGGCCCCAGUGCUUCUUGAGCUUUUGGAGAAGAUGAAAGCCAGUGCUACUCUUUUUUAUCCACAGCUGCUAAUGGUAGAUGGAAAUGGAAUACUUCAUCCUCGAGGUUUUGGCUUGGCUUGUCAUCUUGGCAUUCUAGCAAAUCUACCUACCAUUGGGAUUGGAAAAAAUCUUCAUCAUGUGGAUGGUCUAACAUUAUCUGGCGUGAGGCAACUUCUUAAAGCCAAAGAAGACUGUGCUGAAGAUUUUGUUACUUUGACAGGGUGCUCAGGGCGUACAUGGGGAGUGGCAAUGAGAUCUACAGACGGCUGUGUGAAGCCUAUAUUUAUUUCAAUUGGUCACCGCAUUUCGCUUGAUACUGCUGUCAAAAUUGUAAAAAUGACUUGCAAGUAUCGCAUGCCAGAGCCUAUCCGGCAGGCUGAUAUCAGAUCAAGAGAAUCUCUUCGGAAGCAUCAAGCAAUGAUCUCCAAAUGA